UGCCGGCGUCGCCCGCGCGCUGCUCCCUCUCCCGGUAGCGGAGGCCGCCAUGGAGGCCGGGCCGAGGCCGGGUCCGCGCAUUUGUGAGGGGGAUUGCGCCGUCCUGAAGCGGGACGAUGUCUUCAAAGCGGUGCUUGUGCUACGGCGGAGAAAAAUUAUUUUUGAGAAGCAGUGGUUCUAUCUGGAUAAUGCCAUCGGACAUACUUAUGGAACUACAUUUGAAGUAACCAGUGGUGGAAACCUCCAGCCAAAGCAAGAGGUGGAAGAGACUACCACAGAAACAAAAGAAGCAGGUACAGAUAAUCGUAACAUAGUUGACGAUGGAAAGUCUCAAAAACUGACUCAUGAUGACAUAAAGGCUUUGAAGGACAAGGGUAUUAAAGGACAGGAAAUAGUUCAACAGUUAAUAGAGAACAGUACGACAUUCAGAGACAAAACAGAAUUUGCUCAAGAUAAAUACAUAAAGAAGAAGAAAAAAAAAUAUGAGGCAGUUAUUACAAUUGUGAAACCAUCCACUCGCAUUCUGUCAACAAUGUAUUAUGCAAGAGAACCUGGAAAAAUUAACCACUUGCGAUAUGACACCCUGGCUCAGAUGCUGACUCUAGGAAACAUCCGUGCUGGCAACAAGAUGAUUGUAAUGGAAACGUGCGCAGGCCUCGUGCUGGGGGCGGUGAUGGAGCGGAUGGGAGGCUAUGGAUCCAUUAUUCAGAUGUAUCCAGGAGGGGGACCCGUUAGAGCUGCUACCAGUUGUUUUGGAUUUCCUAAACCUUUUUUCGAUAAUCUUCAUGAAUUUCCUCUCAGCAAAGUGGAUAGUCUCCUCUCGGGCACGUUUUCUACAGAGACUCUGCCUUCUGAACCUGAAGAGAACACGCUGGUGGAAGAAGAAAGCAAUGGACUGACUGAUGAGAAGCAGAUUUCACUUCAGGAAACAGAAGAGGAAUCCACUACUGAAACAGCCAUGGAGAUCAACCAAACAGAAGAGCAAGACACAAUGGACAUGAAUACUGAGGAUGGAGAAUUUAAAGAGAACAAAGAAAAAGAAAGUAAAGACAAUGUUCGGGAAAAGCAAAGAAAACAAUGGGAGAGAAGGAGAAAGCUAAUAGAAACUGCUGCUUUGUUGACAGAGAAGAAUGCUGAUGGCUUAAUUGUAGCCAGCAAGUUUCACCCCACUCCAUUACUGCUUUCUUUACUGGAAUUUGUUGCUCCUUCCAGGCCUUUUGUUGUCUACUGCCAGUAUAAAGAGCCAUUAUUAGACUGUUACACGAAGCUGAGGGAAAGAGGCGGUGUCAUUAACCUAAAGCUGUCGGAAACCUGGCUACGGAACUACCAGGUCUUACCAGAUCGAAGCCAUCCCAAACUGACGAUGAGCGGUGGCGGAGGGUACCUUCUGUCCGGUAUAACCGUUGUCCUGGAUGAGGGCAAAUCUGAUUCCAGUCACUUAGAAGCACUGAAGAUGGAAGAGCCAUCCUCUAAAAGAUGCAAAGUUCAAGACCUUCACUGUUAACACUUGAAGAAUUGAUUUGGUUUUUAGAUCUCAGGAGCCUCACUGUUGGUAAAAAAGCGAUAUGCUUUCUGUGCUGUCGGCGGCGCAGCGACGGUGCCUGUCGUACAGCCCUCAGCAGAGAGCAGCAGAGCUGCUUCCCAUCAUCACAACGAGGAGCAAAACCCUUGGAAGCAAACAUCACACCGAAAACACAGUCACUUCAGAAGGAAGAGAAGAUCAAGAGAAGAUGAGGCAUCAGAGAAGGUGUUCUGUUUGCUGCCACAACUGGGUGUGAUGAAGUAGGGUUUUUUAAUUUGUUUUUUUUUAAAAGGUUGAGUCUGAAUCAACACAUCUCACUCGGCUUCCCCUUUUCCCUGAACAGCCUCAGGGAACAGCAUUCUGCGUCGUGGUCUGUGCCCUCUUUGGGCACGGACCCCGGCUGCUUUCAGUACUUUAAGGAAGCAGAGUUAAUAUCAAAAAUAAUACCCUUUUUUUUUUUUUCCAAAGGAACAAUAAAAAGAGAAUACUAAUACCAAAACUUGACAGCAUGACCCCGUGUUUUCCUGAAAUAAAUACAGAAGAGGAAGUGCAUGUGCGUAAAUUAAAAAAAAAACAAAUAUCUAAACAGAAUGUCUCUAUUAGUAUUGCCUGUCAUUUUCCUGAGAGUUGUUAUAUGUUUUUAUUUUAAAAUACGGCUAUUUUGAAACCCGCUCUAUGUACAUAUAUUUAUUCUACUGUUUUAUCUCUCAUGAUGUGUAGCUUUUUUUAUUGAUUUUUUUAACUUUGCAUUUGCCUCAUCGAUUAAAUGGCAGGAUGUUUUUCCUAAUGAGA